UGGAUUUCAAAGCAAACCUCCGUCCCUCUGGUGGUUGGAUACGACCAUCUUCCAUUCGCUUCUUCCUUUGGGCGGUGGCGGCACCUGUGGCUGAUGAACCUGAGGCGGCUUAAGUCAUCAGUCCGACAGGCACCGAACCUAUCGUCACCUCUUUAAACUGGAGCUGUUGCUGCCAACCUCCGAACCUCACAUCCAUCUCUCUUACAUCCACCUACCACCUCUCUUCAUUUCCCUUCGUCCCCCAGACACUUCAUCUCGUCUGUCGGACUCUAUAAACUCUCUCGACGUUUUCUUCAAUUCCUUUCUCGCUUUUUUUCGUCUACUUGGCAGUUGAGCUCAUCCGAGCGACGUCCUUGAUACCUGCAGAUCGUCUACGUUGCUUCAAGAGCUUAUUCACACAACCACUGUAUCUCAGUCUUCGUCAAAAUGAGCGCAGAACCAGACCACGCUCAUGAUAAGAAGAGGGUGCACCUGCACGACGCCUCGGGCGCCGAGAAGAAAGAGGAGCUCGAUACCUCUACAGCCAUUCUCAGGAAGAAGAAGAAGCCCAACUCGUUGAUUGUGACCGAUGCCGUCAACGAUGACAACUCAGUUAUUGCCCUUUCUAACAAUACUAUGGAGACGCUCCAGCUUUUCCGUGGUGACACAGUCUUGGUGAAGGGCAAGAAGCGGAAGGAUACCGUUUUGAUUGUGCUUGCUGAUGAUGACCUGGAUGACGGAAGCGCCCGCAUCAACCGUGUCGUGAGACACAAUCUGCGGGUCAAGCACGGUGACGUUAUCACCGUUCACCCUUGCCCAGAUAUCAAAUAUGCCAAGCGGAUUGCCGUUCUUCCCAUUGCAGACACCGUAGAGGGUCUGACUGGAUCCCUUUUCGACGUCUACCUCGCCCCAUACUUCCGCGAAGCCUACAGACCCGUGAAACAGGGAGACCUGUUCAUGGUACGUGGAGGUAUGAGACAGGUGGAGUUCAAGGUUGUUGAGGUCGAUCCCCCGGAGUACGGUAUCGUCGCACAAGAUACCAUCAUCCACUGCGAGGGUGAGCCCAUCCAGCGGGAGGAUGAAGAGGGCAACCUGAACGAGGUCGGUUAUGACGAUAUCGGUGGUUGCAGAAAGCAGAUGGCACAGAUCCGUGAGUUGGUCGAGUUGCCUCUGCGUCAUCCUCAGCUGUUCAAGUCCAUCGGUAUCAAGCCGCCUCGUGGUAUUCUGAUGUACGGUCCUCCUGGUACUGGUAAGACACUGAUGGCUCGUGCCGUUGCGAACGAGACUGGUGCCUUCUUCUUCCUGAUCAACGGUCCCGAAAUCAUGUCCAAGAUGGCCGGUGAAUCCGAAUCGAAUUUGCGCAAGGCGUUCGAGGAGGCCGAGAAGAACUCUCCUGCCAUCAUCUUCAUUGAUGAAAUCGAUUCCAUCGCCCCUAAGCGUGAGAAGACCAAUGGAGAGGUCGAGCGCCGUGUCGUCUCUCAGCUCCUGACUCUGAUGGACGGCAUGAAGGCUCGUUCCAACGUUGUCGUCAUGGCCGCCACUAACCGCCCCAACUCCAUCGACCCUGCCCUCCGUCGUUUCGGCCGUUUCGACCGUGAAGUGGAUAUCGGUAUCCCCGACCCCACUGGGCGUCUCGAGAUCCUGUCCAUCCACACCAAGAACAUGAAGCUCGCUGAGGAUGUCGAUCUGGAGACCAUUGCCGCCGAGACUCACGGUUACGUCGGUUCCGAUCUUGCCUCUCUCUGCUCUGAGGCCGCUAUGCAGCAGAUUCGUGAGAAGAUGGAUCUGAUCGAUCUUGACGAGGACACCAUCGACGCGGAGGUGCUUGACUCCCUUGGCGUUACAAUGGAGAACUUCCGUUACGCCCUCGGCGUGUCCAACCCCUCUGCUCUCCGCGAGGUUGCCGUCGUCGAGGUUCCCAACGUUCGUUGGGAGGACAUUGGUGGUCUGGAGGAGGUCAAGCGCGAGCUCAUCGAGAGUGUCCAAUACCCUGUGGAUCACCCCGAAAAGUUCCAGAAGUUCGGCCUUUCGCCAUCUCGUGGUGUUCUGUUCUAUGGACCUCCUGGUACUGGUAAGACCAUGCUUGCCAAGGCCGUGGCGAACGAGUGUGCUGCCAACUUCAUCUCGAUCAAGGGACCUGAGCUUCUGAGCAUGUGGUUCGGUGAGUCCGAGAGCAACAUCCGGGACAUUUUCGACAAGGCCCGUGCUGCUGCCCCUUGCGUCGUUUUCCUUGACGAGUUGGAUUCGAUCGCCAAGUCCCGUGGUGGUUCUGUCGGCGACGCUGGUGGUGCCUCUGAUCGUGUGGUCAACCAGCUUCUUACUGAAAUGGACGGCAUGACAUCGAAGAAGAAUGUCUUCGUCAUUGGUGCUACCAACAGACCCGAGCAGCUCGAUGCUGCCCUGGUUCGUCCUGGUCGUCUCGAUACCCUGGUCUACGUGCCUCUGCCCGAUCAGGCUUCUCGUGAGAGCAUUCUGAAGGCUCAGCUCCGCAAGACCCCUGUCGCUCCCGACGUUGAUAUCCCCUUCAUUGCCAGCAAGACCCAUGGAUUUUCUGGUGCCGAUCUUGGAUUCGUCACCCAGCGUGCCGUCAAGCUGGCCAUUAAGGAAUCCAUUGCCGCUGAUAUUGAGCGCCAGAAGCAGCGUGAGGCUGCUGGUGAGGAUGUCAAGAUGGAGGAUGAGGGCGAGGAGGAGGACCCGGUGCCCCAGCUCACCCGUGCUCACUUCGAGGAGGCUAUGAAAUCGGCUCGCCGCUCCGUCAGCGAUGUUGAGAUCCGCCGUUACGAGGCUUUCGCUCAGAGCCUGAAGAACUCCGGUGGCAGCAGCUUCUUCCGCUUCCCCACCUCGGGUGAGAUCCAAAAUAACGACACGUUCGGUGAAGCCGGCAAUGAUGACAGCCUCUACGACUAAAUGGGUGUUCUCUAAUGAGCUUGGUCCGUUUUCAUUUACAGUCUCCUAUCCUCUAGUAGCUAGAUCUAGUCUCAGCUUAUGACCCUGGGAAUGUUGAACGGGAUUCACCUGUUGACACGAAUGCGUAUCUAUUGUUUUACAUUUUGCUCACUUCCUUACGAUAAAGAUCCCUUGAGCUUGUAUCUCCGCAUACGCCUCAUGUACGGGCGGACGAGGAAGAUCGAUACAUGUGAGCUUGAGCAAUCCUCUGUUAUAGCUUAGAACGUAAAUGAGAAAGUU